GGUGGAGCAGAACGAAAGCAUAUGUACAAUUCUCGAUUAAAAAUAAAUAAUAGACAUCGUGGCGAAGUAAAUCUUGCACGGGCCAUUUCAGCGAGGCACCCACAGAUGGCCAAGUCCGCUCGCACGUGGUGGAUGGCAAGGCGUGACGUCAGCCGCGAGAGGGGGCGACAUCUCGAGGCAUCCGCUUAACCUGAAAAAUGCGAGCCAUGCCGAGUGCACCCGAAAUUGGCGGUGAAAGGAAAUGCCGCGGAGAUUUGCGAGUGGUGCGAAAUUUUCCGUAGGAAGUUCUAAGCGCGUCGGAGCGACGGUUGGAAGCGGCAGAUAGGAGCGAGGAAAGGAGAGAGCGCGAGGGCGAGAGAGAGGACAAAGCCGAGUCGGAGAGAGCUUGGCUGUGUGCGGCAUCGUGCAGUGUCGACAGCGCGCCAACCCGAGUGCGUAUGUGACUCGGCCCGCCGUAGAAAUGUCGUCGGCACUCGUCCCGGGGAAAUAAACGGUGAAACAUGUCCGCUCCGACGAUCAGUCGCGUGCAGACACCGAACAGAAUCGCACCGGGAACGGCAACAGCGGGCUGCGUCAUUUGCGGAAGGAAAGAAAACCUCCUGAGGUGCUCGCGGUGCAAGUCCGCCGUUUACUGCAACAAGGACCACCAGAGGCUCGAUUGGAGACGUCACAAGGAGUUUUGCCUAGUGCACCCCGUCGAGAGAGCCCAGGACCCGCGCGACGCGACUCCCGGCCCGACCGCGCCGAGAGUGCCCGUCGCGGAGAUCCCCCAGAGGCUCCUGGACGUCGCAGCGUUUCCUAACCUAUACGAGGGUCUCGGUAGGAGUUCCGAGGAGUCCCAGGACGAGGGAGGACGUCAGGCCAAGGCCAGGGUCGACGAUACGAAACAUCAAGAACUCACGGGCUUGGUAAAUCAUAAUGAAAGAGUAGAAGUGCAAAAGAAAGGAAGGAACGGUAGAAGAAAUAAUACUCGCACGGUAAGGGUGGACGGUUGGACAUCGCCGAUAACGUACGAAGGCAGUUCGGAGGAUACCAUAUUAGGAGCUAGAGCAGAAUCUCUGAACCCCGCACUGGAAACCUCACGAAUCCUGGCUCCUACGGAAAAUCCCAUGUUUGAGAUGCCUACGCAUCGGCAUAACGGGAUCAAAAACUUCCCGGAGGUGCCGUUAGGAAGAGAGGAAGAUUACCCACCUCCGUUCCUUCAUAGAAACAGAAACGAGCUCGAGGAGUGCAUAAUCGAAGACAUUUGUCGCAACGUUAUUAGAGACAUGGACGAAUACGGUGUGUGCGUGGUAGACAAUUUUUUGGGUAUCGACAAGGGCUCGGCAGUGUUAAACGAAGUAUUAAACAUGUACAGCGCCGGGUUGUUUAAAGAUGGACAGUUAGUGUCCAACAAAGCCGCGGCAAGCGACUUGAAGACCAUUCGUGGUGAUCAAAUCACGUGGCUGGAUGGGAAGGAGAAACAGUGCCAGAAUAUUGGAAUGCUGAUAUCCCAAGUGGACGCCAUUAUCAUGCGAGCGAAUAAGAUGCAUAACAAUGGCAAGAUGGGAAAUUAUACGAUCAAUGGCAGGACAAAGGCAAUGGUCGCUUGCUACCCUGGCCACGGAUCGCAUUAUGUUAAACACGUGGACAAUCCAAAUCGGGACGGAAGGUGCAUCACGGCGAUUUAUUAUCUCAACAGGAAUUGGGACAUUAAGAAAAACGGGGGCCUCCUCAGGAUAUUCCCCGAGGGAUGGCGCGAUCAGGUGGCCGACAUCGAGCCCUUGUUCGACAGGAUCUUGUUCUUCUGGUCGGACCGAAGGAAUCCUCACGAGGUCCAACCGGCGUACAAGACGAGAUACGCCAUCACGCUUUGGUACUUCGAUGCCGAAGAAAGGAAUCAAGCUUGUCGGAGAUACCAGAGAGAAAGAGAGAUACACGGUCAGCAGAAGAAUUCGUGAGAUUUACAGUCUGAGGGACCCCAAUACCGUCCGUUGACUGAACUUAUAACUCUAAUGCCUCGACUUACGCAUCUGUAUAUAGUUACACGAGGAAAGCACCGGUACAUAAACAUUGUGUAUUAUUAUUAUAUAUAUAUACAUAUACGUAUAAGAUACAUCCGACGAUCCUGCGAGAGGAAUUGAACAUAGGGUAUGCGCAAUGUACGUUGGGAUAUUGAAUUCUCCGAGGAUGUGCAAUAGUCUAUUCAUCUUUGUUUUCUUUUUAUCGCGCAGUUUGGACAUUGUAAAUCGGUCGUUGUUUAAUAAUGUGUUCGGACGUGUAUGACACACUCGACGAGUCACGGGUAAAUCUCGUGUAUCCAUUGUCUGUUCUCUUUUUCUUUUCCCCCCUUCUUUUGUACAUCGUGGUCGCAUCUGUCUUCCUAGAAAAAUUUAAUACCCGCGAGUGCGCAAUUGUUUGCGCGCGUUUUGUCAUUUCUACGAUGCGUUACGUAAAGUUCCCAGUAAAUGCAGUUCUCGCUGCGUCUCGCGAGACCUCGCAAAAGGUACAUGGCAAGAUGUUUGUACCCUUUAAGGCGAAGUGAAACACGUCGAGGAACUCACUUAACGUGGGUGUGCAGGGGCAGAAAGGAAAAUCGAUUAGGACGAAGCAAAGCUCUGUGUGGAGGGAAUUUUUUGUUUUCUUUUUUUUUUUUUUUUUAAAGAAAACAAUCUUCACCUAAUGUAUUUAUGUCAAAGAUUCACUCUGCCGAUGAAGUAUUCGUUGCGACGAUGACGUGUACGUCCUCUUGACGGAAAGCGUGCCGUCAUCGACAAAUGACUUAUCAGGCGUUGAUUCGUACCAAUAUGGCUGAAGCGUCGAACGUUCCACGAGUAAAGUAUGUCUUAUAUAGUUUGUCGUUAAAGUCUACGUUAAGGCGCGUGUUAAAUAAUAACGUGUCACUUAUGCGCGUACUUUGUGUGAUUCGGUUAAGAGGACGCAAAAGUGGCAUCAGAGGUUUUAUGAAACCUCUCUCCGAAGUGGGUGUAUCGGAUCGUUACAAACUUAACAAUGUGGAUGUGGAGGCUGUAAGGAUAAUUUCAAUUGUUUACAAAAUUUGCCUAUAGAUAUUUUCAACGUUUUUUAUAAGAAAUGAAAUCCAAAUGAAUUUGGUACACCCAGUUCGGAGAGAAGUUUCAUGAAGGGUUAAGCUCUCGGAUGCCACCUUUCACAUCCCCUCGGUAUAGGCGCAUUUUGGGGAGAAAUAAUCAAUGUAAUCGAGAUUCCCGUUUAACGGAUAUUACAGACUUCAGCUACAUUUUGUACGAAUUUUCUAUCGGCCAGUUAAACGGUUAUGCUUCCAGUGCGAAGAGGGAAGGUCUUGAAAGGCACGCAGUCUGUACCUGUAAGAUUGUAUGUAUAUUCCGAUGUGACGCACCUUGUUUACUAUUACAUUACAUAUUAUUUAUGUUGAUUAAACUUAGAUAGAUGUGGUUACUGCCUAUGCCGCGCGCAACAACUCCGAGGCGAGACUCCGCUCGGAGUCGCAGACUGAGAAGAGUGUUGGGAAGAUGUAGAAAAUGAAAAAAUACGAAAAUUGCAGUGUUAGUCGGCUGUUACCUACUUGAGAAUAUUUAAGCUCGCCACGCCGCACAGUGGCGCGAACGACGAAGAAGCUGCGGUAGCAAAGAUAGGACAAAAUUAGCUUCUGUAAGCUGAUUAUGCGAAUUCACGCGUAGUAAUAAAUUUUUCGACACUCUUUCCUCUUACUCUUACCCGCGGGGAUCCCAAUCAGUGCCCCGUCUCCUUCUCCGGUAUCCUCGACGAGUGAUCAUAACUUAUUUUUAAAACUCCAAUUUAGUUUAAUUGAAGAUACUGUUAACUUAAUGCUAAAGUUGUUAAUCUAAGUUGUGAGCGAAGGGGCUGCAUCUGAAGUAUUGUAAAAAAGUGAAAGAUUUUAUUAUUUACGAAGAAUAAUAAAUAUUGUACAGUCUG